UCAUUCGUGGGUUAUCUAUAUCGGCAUUUCGGUUGAACGGCCUUGUGUGGCCUCUCCCGCCUUGACGCCUUGAACUCUCUGUAUCAUACCACAAACGUGUAGAUAGUAGAAAAAGAGACACAACCUGCACUCUCGGCCUCUCGCAAAUGGAAACUUUAUUCGCUACAGCGCCCACCGGUCUGAGAUGUGGAUUUUCUCCUCCUUACCAUCAGCUGAGAUCAUGGCUUCAAAGAUGGAAAAUUGGGACUGGGGGACCGGUGAAAGGAAAAGCAUUUUUUGCUACGACUUCAACAAAGUGGAGGAGGAGAACUUUGAUAUGUGCAGCCAAUCAAGAUGCUGAAAAAUUAUUUAAAAGGACUGUGGAAGUCGAUAAGCUGAUUGAUAUGCUGAGGGAUGCACAUGCAAAUGAACUCCAGAAACUUGUAGCUGAAAAUGUCCUUGCAUUCAAUGAGAGUUUUUGGAUAAGGCUUGCAGCAAGAACUGAAACAUGCAAAUCUGAGGAUGAUAAAAAAGAUUACGAGGAAUUGGCUUUAUCUGUAAUGAGCAUAGUGGAUCGCCUAGUUCAUAAGACCAAUGAAAAAAUAGAAUCCUCAACAGAUGUCCUGAAAGAAAUUUUAAAACCUGUGGUUCAUGAAGCAGAGGAAAUUUCCUGGCCCCCAAGAGAUCCUGAAACUCUCAUUCUGAUGGAGAACGAAAUAAAUCAAAGGGAGCAAGAAGGCCAGCUAGAUGAGGGGUUUCUUUCUGAAGUUAAUGCUCAAUUACGACAAGCAAAAGAAGAUGAAGAUAAGCCAGGCCUUGAGGCAAUGUUGCAAAAAGUCCUACAACUAUAUGCUUCGAGAGUUCUUUCUAAACGUAGUUAUGCAAAGAAAGGAAGUAAAGUUUUAAAGGCUGAGGAGUUUCUUGAGAACAUAAUCAGAGCACCUGAGGAAGAAUGGAAUAGGCUGCUGAUAAAUGGUCUCACUGUUGGCAAAGGAGAAGUUUCCCCAGAUGAAUUCUAUGCUGUCAUUAAGAAACGAAUUGAGCGGAUUUUGAUCCGAACAGAAGGGGGAUCAUACCAGCAGCGUAUUCUGGUUGAGUAUGUAAAAGGUAUCCAAUCAAGAACAGAGGAAAUCAUCCAAGUACUUCAAGGUAAAACACAAUGAUAUACACAGUUUGGAAUCGAAUGCCAGACAGGCCAAGGCCUUGCAAUUGUUCUGGAAUUUGAAUGUGAAAGUGAAUUGUCUUAAAAUUUUGGAAGAUGAAUUACACACUAUCAAGGAGCCAGUGGGCCAGGAACUUAGUUGAGAAAAUAUGUAUCCAUUUUUCUUGGAGAAUCCAUUUGUUGGAAAUCACUCCAUAUUUGUAUUAUAUAAGCAAUACAGGUGAUUACUGAUUAGCUGAUGAUGUUUCAUAUGCAGCAAAGUUGCAAGAGAUUAUUAUUAGCCAUCUGUUUAUUGCAUUCCU